AUGGCGCCGCUGCUCCUGCUGCUCCUCUCGCUGCUGCCGAUCGCUGCCGCCUACCUGUGCUGCGUGCGGCGGCACACGGGCAGCGCGGGGGCCGUCCUACACCGUCGGGAGCCGGGCCGGGCCGAGGCGCGGGGCUGCUUUCAGCCGUGGGACCCCUGGGCCCCGCGGCUGUGCGGCGCCGGGCUGCGCCUCUUCGUCCAUGUGGCCAACACGGCUUUUGGACAGAUCUGCUUACUGCCUAUCUUAAUAAGGCUGAACAACUUCUCGCUCAUGCGUUCACUUGACAUUCACGAAGAUCCCACAUUUAUUCCGGAGGUUGCUGCAGAGGUUACGGAAGACAAGUCUGAGGCUAAAAGUACUUCAGAUAUUAUCGAGCAGCUGAUAGAUGUGAGGUUUGAUUCUGCUAGCAAUGGCUUUAGCUUCAAAGGGAUCAAAGACUACCUGGACUGCUACCGGAGUGGGAAGCUGACGCCAUCUCAGGUAGCGAAGAACAUCAUUGCCACGCUGGAGGACUGCGACAAAUCCACACCCCCACUCAGAGCGAUAGUGCAAUGGGACCAGGAGCAAAUAAUGCUGAUGGCUGAGGCCUCCACUGCUCGUUACAGGAAUAAAUGUACCCUGUCUUAUCUGGAUGGCAUCCCAGUGUGUCUGAAAGAAGAAUUCAAAGUGGUACCUUACCAUCACCGAGUAGGAACAGUGUAUCUUGGGACAGAGCCUGAAACAGAAGAUGCUACUGUGGCCAAGAAGCUGCGAGAGGCUGGGGCUAUCAUUAUUGGGGUCUCAAACAUGCAUGAACUAGGGACUGGAACAACUGGAUGCAACCCUAAUAGGUACCACAAGAUCCCUAGGAAUCCCUACAAGCCGAACCACUUCACAGGUGGGAGUUCCAGUGGGUCAGCAGCAGCUGUAGCAGCAGGUCUCUGCCCGGUGGCUAUUGGCACUGAUGGAGGCGGCUCUGUGAGGAUUCCUGCUUCAUUCUGUGGCGUGGUGGGGCUGAAAGGUACGUUUGGGCGCAUCAGUUCUCAUGGCAGCUUGCCGCUCUCCUACUCCACAGUCAGCGUAGGCCCUAUAUGUACCUCAGUGGCAGAUGCAGCCAUUGUUUACAGCGUACUUGCUGAGCCAGAUCCACUUUAUCCAUAUGGACUAAAACAGCCCAAAGCCACCCUCUCUGAUAUGUGUGCUCCUGACCUGAAAGGCUUAAAACUGGGAGUGGACUGGACAUUUUUUAAGGCAUGUGAUGCUGAAGUCCUGUCUGUCUGUGAGAAAGCUGUGGAGCACCUGCAGAGUUUGGGAGCCAGUGUGGUUGAAGUUUCUCUUCCAGAAAUGGAGGAAGUGCGAGUAGCACAUGUAAUCUGCAUUCUCAGUGAGAUGAGGGACUUCCUGCAACCUGACUUCAACAAACAUUUCCAGGAUAUGAAUUUGGACACUCGAGCUAAUCUGACCUUGGCUUCCCAGUUCACAGCUCUGGAUUAUAUUACGGCAAAUCGACAGAGAACUCGGAGCAUGAGAUUUUUGCGAGAGAUCUUCACCACUGUGAACUGUAUCCUUACACCAGCUGUUGCUUGCACUGCCCCAAGAAUCUAUGAAUCUGACCUCUUGACUGGGAGCAGCAAUUUGUCCUUCACAGUCCGGUCCAUGAGGUUCAUGCAGCUUGGUAACUUCACUGGGAUUCCAGGCCUUGUGGUCCCUAUUGGAUAUUCUACUGCUGGGCUUCCUAUCAGCUUCCAGGUCAUGGCCAAAUGGUGGGAUGAAGCUGUUCUUCUGAGGAUUGGCCUGAAGCUAGAGCAGUUUCGUUACCAGACCAAAAAACCAUCCAUUUAUUAUGACAUCCUUGCAUGAUGGAGUGACCAAGAUGGGCUAUAAGUCUUUUUUUCCUAGUCUGACCUGAUCAAGUAUUAGAGUGGACUUGUUUUCAAUGUUCAUCUGAAUAAGGCUUAGUAGCAGGCCCAUUUAAGGAAUGGGAAGGAACACUGAUCUAAGCAGGCACUGAUGCUGAGCAGACAUCAUUUCUGCUCCCUGUUUGUUAUUGGAUGGUCAAGUUUGUAUUGGGGAGCCCAACAGUGCUAGCUAGUUCCUCACUGUGUUUUUGCCAACAGAGGAAGCUGCAACUAUCUUCUGCAACUUCUUUCCAUGUAAGGGUCCUGUGUAAAGAUAGAAGACAGAUGCAUCUACAGGACUGCAUGUGGGCAGUUCAUACUACUGUGUGUGCAUGGACAGGUACAAUCCCUAGACCUUAAACCUUCUCAACAGAACUCCUGCUGCUCCAGGAUAUAACAGAGGUACUGUUUUGAGGGGGAGAGGCAGCUUCCCUUAAGAAUGCAGCUCCCUUGCCAUGAAGAGGAUCUUAACACACCUGUAAUUAGGUAGUGUGUGUUGUGGCCCUUUAGUCCUUUGGAGCAAAAUAGAAAGCCUAUAGCUAUGAAGUGUCACUGUGCUUCUGUCCCUUAUGCCGCAAACAGCAUAAGGUCAGCCUGACUGUUGCACAAAGCAUGGGUGUGCUCGCUGCAUGAAUGGUCCUACCUACCUUCAGCCUUGCCUGCAAGGGGAGGAAAAAGCAGAGCAUGAACCCUCACCAGCUCUGUGACCCAUAGCUCUGGUUCAGGGUUCUGGCUUUCUGUUGCACAUCUCUCUUUCUCAAGCUAAACCUUGGAGAGCCCCUUUUCUCCCAGUGGUUGCAUAAGUAAGUAUAAGCCUACUAUCAUGUAGGUGUCCAAAUGGAAGAAAGUACUUUCUAAUAGCUGCCUCAACACCCCUUAAACAGUAUUUCACAGCAUUAACAACAGCUGAAACUUGUAGGAAAGUGAGCUACCACAAGAAUUGAAGCUGGGUGCAAGAAGGGUGUUGCACGAAGCCAUGUGCAGCAAAGAGCCUGCUCUAGAUAAGAAGCCAACCCUCUCUUAUCCCAAACGUACUUCCUGAAGUAAUCAAGGUAGAAUUAAGAAGUGGAUUAAAGAUGAGGCUAUACUACAUAAAGUAUGAUGUGGCUCUAAGCCACAGUACUGCAUUUCAUUGAAAGGCUCCAGACUGUAAACUCCCUAGUAUCUGUGUCCUGACAGCAGCACUAGGGCCACAUGAUAAGAAAGGCCUAGGAUUAACCAAAACUAAGCAUUUGUGUUUGUUUUGGAGUAGCUUGGGAUUAAUGCUUAGAGGCAUCUCCUGUUGCCUACCUCAUCAAGUAUCCUGGGCUUGUGAUCAGGCUGCUGGAGAAGCUGUCCUACAGACAGGAACAGAGAAGAUCACUGUAUUCUUACUUAACUUGGAAGGAAAGAAGGAACACAAAGCAGAUGCAGUUUCUCCCAAACUCAGUACAGUUUGGUUGGGUUUUUUCCCCCAUACGUAUCCACUCUUUGAACAGAGCUAGCACUUUACUAAUGGCUAAAACUAAGUCAGAUAGCAUCUGAAUGGAGGAACAUUGCAUUGCCAUCUUCUACUUAAUUAUGUGAGUUAAAGCAUCAAUGCCUACCAUCAGCUGUCACCAGCAUCCACAGUUAAAUUAAUUAUAUGAUUGAUACUGUGUUUUAUCUUUAAUUCCUUAAUUGUGAUACUGCCACAAUUAUUUUUUCACUAAUUCUAGUAUAGUUCAGCUUUAUGAAGAACAGUUUAAAAGCAAAGUAUUUCCUCUAUUAUUAAUGAUAAGUUAUUAAACACUACCAACAUACCUUGGUAUGCUGAAAUGCAUUGUAUAGCAGUAAGGGAGUUGAUAAGUGUUUGACAAGAAUAAAUUUCUGCCCGUAACAUUACUGCUUGAAAGGAAAUGGCUGAAUAUUCCCUAAUUUAGUGCUACUACUUAAGGGAUUAGAGAUGGAUGUUUAAAAUACUCAAUUACCAUCCUGCUAGAUGAAGCUAUUUAUUUCAAAUCCCUUCCUCAAUGAUACACUACCUUAAAAUUACAAUUUCAAUAUUUAGUUCAUUCCCUGGGCAGAGCAAGGGAGCUCAAGUUACUAAGAGGAGAGAUAGGAGCUAAAGAUUUUUUUGAAAUAACAAACAAACUAAUAGUUGCAUCCCGCUAACAGUGGGAAGACAAAAGAACUGAGAGCUUUUACUGACUGACAGUAACUUAGUCUGUCCUUCCCCACACUGCUUCCUCCCUUUCCCUAAACUGGUAUCGCAUCAGUGCACAUUUCCAGUACAAGACUUCCCUGGUACUGAGGUUACUAAUAUAAACUUUACUCAUCCUGGUGAAAGGCCACUGUGUUUCCUUUCGUCCCCUGGCUGUUGGCUUAUCCGAGUUCUACAGCAGCCCAGUUCCUAAAGAACAGCGGUUCUACCCGCACAGUAUGCAAUAGCAAGGCAGUCGUGUGAGCAAAGCGGACACAGUGACCACACACACACUCCUGUUGCUUCACAUAGAUAUAUGUAUGGAUAUAGAUAUACGGUAUAUACACAUUGAUUUUUUUUUUAUAUAUAUAUAAAAUAACACCUUGUUUAUAAAGCAACAUUUAAUUGCCACUGGUUCCCUUCCUGCCCCACAAAAACAAUAGUAUACAAAAUAUAAAAUAUUUUAAAUAUUUAUAAACGCUGCAAGAAAAAAAUAGAACUGUACGAAAAUAUUUUUUUUUUCUGAGGUUCCCUCACUGCCCUGUGGGAAGGGAAAGAGAAGGGGUACACAUUUGGCCGGCCUAGUGUGCCUUGAGUCCAUAGUUGUUAAGUGGGUAAGAGUAUGCCCUGCCUAAUACUAUCCGGUCCCGGAGGAGCUUAAAUAAGACAUAAUAAUUGCAGAAGAGGAUGAGGGCCAUGGAGAGGGUAUGGUUCCACUUCUCUGAGCGCAGCAGUGAGUAGAGCUGGUAGCAGACCACGCUGCCUUCGAUGAGAAUCAGCAGGUUGAGCAGCCGUAAUGGACGGUGAAAAAGGAA